UAUACCACUAGGCAUUCUAGAAGAAGGAAGUUAUGAAAAAGAUGUACUAUUUUAUGUAAAUAUCGGAGAACCACAAAUGGUUGGAGCGAAAUCUUCUGUUGUUGAUCCUGAGAACCCGGAUGAAGAAAAAAAGGAUGAUGAACUGAUAGGACUUGUGCAGGCAGCUGAAGCAAAAGCACCUGAAGAUUUAACCGAAGAAGAUAAAAUGGCUUUAUUAGGUCGACCAAAAAUUGGUGAAGUUAUUCGGGCGCAAUUAAGAAUUAAGGAAAGCAAAGAAUUUAAGAAUACUGUCGAUAAAUUAGUGCAAAGAGCGAAUGCUUCGCUUCUUAUUGGUACAUCAUCUUGGAAGGAACAAUUUACGGAGGCACUAACAGUUAGUGCUGGUGAUGAUGAAGACGAAGAAGGUGGUGAAGUAGAAGGAAAAUCACCAUCAUGUGCAGAUUAUGUUAUGCAUUUUCUAACACUCUUUUGGAAAUUAAUGUUUGCAUUCAUCCCACCAACAGAUAUAUAUGGAGGUUAUGUAUGCUUUGUUGUGUCCAUUAUAAGUAUUGGUAUGGUAACUGCUGUUAUUGGAGAUGUUGCAUCACAUUUCGGCUGUACUUUAGGUAUUAAGGAUGCAGUCACUGCCAUUUGUUUUGUAGCGCUUGGUACAAGUAUACCAGAUACAUUUGCAAGCAAAGUAGCAGCAAUACAAGAUAAAUAUGCUGAUGCCAGUGUCGGUAACGUUACAGGUAGUAAUGCUGUAAAUGUCUUCCUUGGAAUUGGUGUUGCGUGGACGAUAGCUGCAAUUUACCAUUCAUUAAAUGGUAACGAAUUCCUUGUUGAUCCUGGAACGUUAGCAUUUUCAGUAACACUUUUCUGCUCAGAAGCCGCUUUAACUGUAAUAGUAUUACUAAUGCGUCGAAAUAAAAUUGUUGGCGGUGAAUUAGGUGGCCCAGUAGUUAUAAAAUAUGUUAGCGGUGCAAUAUUAUUUGGCCUCUGGUUAAUAUAUGUUAUUGUGAGCAGUUUAGAGGCCUAUGGUGUCAUACAAGGAUUUUAAGUUAAAAUUUUUAGAUAAAUUUUUAAUUAAUAAAUUAAUAGUGUAUAAUAUAAAAAAAAAAAAAAUUAUGUACUGUAAUCUUAAAAAUAUUAUUCAAGAUUUUUGGUUAUUUUUCUUUUGUGAAAAUAUCGAUUUAAAAAAAUAUAAUAAAAUUUUAUUAUUAAAUUUUUUUUUCUUUUUUAAUUUUAUUUUUUUCUAAAUUGAAUGAGACAAUUUCAAAAUUUAUUAAUUUAAUAAGAAAUUAACAAAGAAAAAUUAAAAAUGAAAAAAAAAAACUCAUACGUGUUCCAUAACUAUUUUUAAAUACUGUAUAUAAUGUAUAUGGUAAUUAUAUAUAUAUAUAAUUAAUGCAUAUGUAAUCAAAAUUGAUAUUUUCAUUUG